AUGGCGGCACAGGACCGUGCGCGUGUGUUUGUAUCCCUCGGAAUGUUCAUCAUAGACGAGUUCCAGUUUCACGACGACGACGACAGACCGACCGGCCGCACCCUCCCUCCCCAGGAAAGCGCGCCCCGGGGAGGCACGUAUGCCGCCCUCGGCGCAAGGAUAUGGCUGCCCCCAGCCCACGUCGGCAUGAUCGUCGAUAGAGGGACAGACUUUCCGGAACAGAUCCAACGCAAGUUAGAUGUGUAUGGCUCCGAUAUGUGGCUGUUUAGAGAUCACAAAGACCGCGCCACGACACGCUCACUCAACUCCUAUAGAGGAGAACACAGGCACCUCCGCAGGUUCCAAUACACGACGCCUCGCCUCAGGCUCACGCCGCGAGACCUCCUGGAGACGAAGUUUCGGCGCCCCGAAAUGCUACAUUUCAUAUGUUCGCCCACAAGGGCAGCAGCAAUCAUCUCAGAAGUCGCAGAGAACACCGGCUGGAACCCAAUCACCAUAUACGAACCUAUCCCCGAUAGAUGCAUACCUGAAGAACUGCAACCUCUCGUAGACGUCUUGCCGUCAAUAUCAGUUUUGAGCCCCAAUGCAGAAGAAGCCAUGUCCCUUCUGUCCAUACCAGGCUCACCUACCAAGCCGCUCAUCGAACAAGCUUGCCGCCGAUUCCUAGAAUACGGCGUAGGGCCUCAGGGAGAAGGGGCUGUUGUCAUACGAAGUGGUGCUCUAGGAGCAUAUGUCGCCACAAGGGCGGGCGGCGACGACUGGGUUCCCGCAUACUGGAGCGAGACCGAGGCUCCAGAACGCGUAGUGGAUGUCACAGGUGCUGGAAAUAGCUUCCUCGGAGGUCUGGGUGCUGGUCUUGCUCUAGCAGGGGGCAACAUUGUGGAAGCUACGCUCUACGGUACUGUCUCAGCAUCAUUCACGGUAGAACAAGAAGGGCUGCCCCGACUCACCGAGACGCGUGUCGAGGAUGGGGUCGCCAUCGAGCAAUGGAACGAGGACUCGCCGCACAGCCGGCUCAUAGAGCUACAAGAACGUCUGCGUAGGCAGGGCAGUACGUAG